GCACGAAGCCGCCCCGCGUCUCGGUUCCCAUUGGCGCAGGGCGGUGGCGGUGGUGGGCGGGGCUGGAGUGACGCAGCCCCCCCCGCAUCUGUGACCCGACCGACCCGGAUUUGAUUCAAUCAGAUUCCAACAAGCCCGGAGGGUCUCCAGCCACCGUCACCCGCCGUCCUUCUCCCCGCCGCGGCCAUGGCGCUCAGUGAUGCUGAUGUCCAGAAACAGAUCAAGCAUAUGAUGGCUUUCAUUGAGCAGGAAGCCAAUGAAAAGGCUGAAGAAAUAGAUGCCAAGGCAGAAGAAGAGUUCAACAUUGAGAAGGGUCGCCUGGUGCAGACACAGAGACUGAAAAUCAUGGAGUACUAUGAAAAGAAGGAAAAACAAAUUGAACAACAGAAGAAAAUUCAGAUGUCCAACCUGAUGAAUCAGGCAAGAUUGAAAGUCCUCAAGGCAAGAGACGACCUUAUUGCCGAUUUGCUGGCUGAGGCCAAGCAGAGACUUGCCAAGGUAGUGAAGGAUGCUGCCAGGUACCAGACACUGCUGGAUGGACUGGUUCUACAGGGUUUCUACCAGCUGCUUGAGCCCAGACUGAAUGUCCGUUGCCGGAAACAGGAUCUCUCUAUGGUUAAGGCUGCUGUACAGAAGAGCAUCCCCAUCUACAAAGCUGCUACCAAAAAAGACAUUGAUGUUCACAUUGACCAGCAGACAUUCCUGCCAGAAGAUAUUGCUGGAGGUGUUGAGAUCUAUAACAGUGAUGGUAAAAUCAAGGUUUCCAAUACCCUGGAAAGCAGACUGGAUCUCAUAGCCCAGCAGAUGAUGCCAGAAAUCCGAGGGGCACUCUUUGGUGCCAAUGCCAACAGGAAGUUUUUGGACUAAGCCUGAGGGAAAGUGGAAUCUGUUCCACUGCCAUAUUGAGGAGAGAUGCAAAAAAGCAUCUAUUCAUUUAAACCCUAAAAAAAAGUACCUUUUUCAAUGCUAUAAUGUGUUGUCCAAUGUGUGUUCUUCGGUGGAAUAAUUUUGCAUACCUGCUGCGCUUUGCCUGACUUAUCAAGUGGUUACAAUGUAUUAAUCAAAAUGAGGUAAAGACCACCCCGUCCAGAAGUGACACUGGAGAAUGAAUGCAGUUGGGCUCUUGGCUUGUCCUGCACUCCUGUGGCUAUAGUAAGAUUAGUGAUGGUGAAGUACUAUGCUGCCCAUCGAAGCAACCUUUCCAGUUAAGGGCUUCUCCGUGUUCUGUUAUACAGAGGGCAUGCAACCCUUCCCUGGGCGAGAAGUGUAGCUUUUUGCUUGGUCAGGCCCAGAGUUUUCUGUUCUGUAUAUGUGAGUGAAGUCUGAGCCUGUACUACUUAAUUUAUUAAAAAUAAAAAGGUGUGUGUGUGUCUGUGUGUA